AAAGAAUAGUUUGUGACUUCAGCUCAGCUUCGUUGUUGGCUUUAGUGUUCUUGGCAGUGAAGUGUUUGUGUCAGUUGGUGUUUUGCAGCGAUCUAGAAAGAACGUGUCUUUCUCCCGAUCACGGAUCCAAUUCAGUACACACAAAUACAUCACUAAGCCGCACAUAGGCGCACACUUAUAUACCACGCAUAGAUAGAUAUAUUGUGGUGUAGUUCUAUAUAUAAUAGUGCAACAAGUUGAAGAAUUGGUUAUUAGUGUUCGAUUAAUUGGCGGAAAGAGUCUACUUGUUUGUGUCUUCUUCAAAAAGAAAUGGCGAAAAUUAUUUUAAUCUGUUUACUGAGCGUGUUAGCCUGCGUCUCAGGGCAACGCAUCACCACCAUUCACCUGGAUGGCGUACAAUAUUUUAUUAGCCGCAUGAAUCCCUAUUCACCUGAACUCAACUAUUUCCUUGCCUAUCAAUACUGCCGUUCGUUGGGCCUGCAAUUGGCGUCCUUUGAAACAAAAGAGAAGGCCGAGUCAAUGACUACAUACCUAAAGAAUGCCGGCUAUGGUAAUUAUGAUUUCUGGACUUCCGGCAAUCGUUUAGGCACUGGCAUGUUCCUAUGGAUGAGCACUGGCCUGCCAUUCAAUGCGACUUUUGAUUUCUUUGAAAAUUCAGCUGAUGCCAUACAAGCUGGUCUGCUAGAUCCAGUCGAUCAUAAUAGCAAUACGUCACCACAGCGAACGGCGCGCGACAGCAGUAGCGGCGCUGAGAAGGGAUGCGUCAUAUUGAAACAGCCAACAUUGAAAUGGAUGCCCGAAGAUUGCUCGGCUGUGAAAGAUUUCAUCUGCGAACAGACUCGAUGCUAUUACUACAACUAUGGCAGUAUUCCAGUGUCGUCGGCGCAGGGUCGACCCGUCACCUCUACCACUUCACGUCCCACUGUCGAUGCAACUAAAUUGAGCCUAUCCACCACCCCGUUGCCGCUUACCAUGUCCACAUACACCCCUUUCUCGAAGCGUUCGCACCAGGAUGAUCAUGAUGAACCGCAAUUGUCCUUUGUCUCACUGAAUCUCGAUCAUGAUCUUGAGAGCGGUGAAGAGGAGCCGAAGAACGAUGAACACGAACAUGAACAUGACCAUGACAGUUUCGAUGCUGAGGAUGAAGAGGAGGAUGACAAGAAGCGUACACUGCCCGUUUACGACAACAGCAAUAACAGUUUGCAUGCACACAACAACAAAGAAUUGGUAGAAGAGCACGCCGUACAAGCUGCCCACCAGCAUGAUGCCCAACAAGAAGCUGUCGAAGAGGAGGAUGAUGAUGCCACCAACGAUGAGAACAUUUCGGCAUCGUCGCAUGAGGAAAGCGUCGAUGAUGUGGACACGAAGAGCAAUACUGUAGGCGAAGAUCAAUUGAAGACCCUUCCUGUGCCGGCUAUUGCUUCGCCCGCCGAAGUGCCUACCGUUGAAGUGCGUCUCAAGCAAAUCUCGCAAGAAAUCGAAAAAAUGGCUGCCGCUAAUAAUGACAAUCAACGUCAUAAUAAUGCGGCAACAGGUGUAUUGCAUCAUGACAACAACGAUGUCGAUCGACAAUCGUUCCUCUCGCUCACCGAUCUUAUACGCACACUACGUCCGAACAAUAAACAAAUCAUACCACAAAUCGAUUCGGAUUACUCAAAUGCCAUGCGAGUGCUGGGCGAAACAUCUGAGGUGGUCAAUAAUGAGGACACACACAAGUUCUACGACAAAGAUAUGCAUUAAGGAGAAAGUGUGAGAAAGGGAUGGAGAGAGCAAGAUGGAGGGACAGAGAGAAAAGAAAAUAGAGAGAAAUGAGGAAGCAGAGAGUGAGAUGUAGAGGAAUUAUCGAGCGAUAAAGCAAAGAAGGGCACGACCAAAGUAGGUCGCGAGCGAGAAAAGGCGUGAGCAGUAGCAGAGCGAAAACGGAAAUCUUUUAAUACUACUUUUAACUACAACUAAUUAUAUGUAGAUCUUACGAUCUACAUGUAUGCGGUAAAAACUUGAAUGAAUAUUAUAUUUCAUUGGAAAGAAAUUAAGGAAAAAAAAAUUAUAAGCUUUAAUCUCUAUCUAAGUAACUGUUAAUCUUUAAAAGAACAUUUUAAAGUAACUAUUAAUCUUAAAAAGGAAAAAAAAAAACCCAUCCUAACUAAAAUUACAUAGAAAUUUUGUGUGCGCAAUAAAUAAAAAAUGUAUGUAGUAUUUUUAUGUUUCAUGAAAAUAUUUUUUAUAAUCAGCCUGUAAAGUAUUUAAACAUUGUACGCCUCGGCAGGCUGGCAGAAUCGCCUGUAUAGCAGCUGACUGCCUCAGAGUAGUAGUACGCGAGUAACAAAUUCGUUGAGAUAGUUUCGCGCACUCUUUCACUCGCGUAGUAUAUUUGCCGAGAUGUGCGAGUACUUUCGUGGCGUUUGUAGUACUAUUAAUUGAAAAAUUUAAUUAUAAUUUAGUAUGCGCUUGCGAAGACAAUUACCUAGUACGGUACUGAACUUUCAGAAAAUCUAUUUGCAAUAAAUUUAUUUUAAAUUAUAAUACAUUACACAUAUACAUACACAUAUCGUAUUUUUUCAUUAAUAAAUACUAAAAAAAACAACAAUUUAGUUUGAGUAUUUACGAAAUAUCUUGUAUGUAAUAUGUACUAUACAAUUUAAAUAGUUGCACUAUAGAAAGUAUGUAUGUACCACAAUCGAUUGCUAUCAGCUAAAAUUAAGUUAAUAAUGUAAUGUUUGUAUGUGUACUAUUUGGAAAAUGCACAAUCACACCAAAUGCAUUAAUAAAAAUAUACAGAAAACUAUAAAA